UGUGUGUGUGUGUGUGUGUGUGUGUGGUAUCAAGGAUGAGUUUGCUCCUUUGAAAACUGUGAUCCGCCCGCGGAAACAAGGGAGGCACGUGGCCAACUCUCGCCUUUCGGCAGGUCUAACGUGACCUUCAAAACUCCUUAGGACACACGGCGGGCUCCCGCGGGGCUGCCAGGGGCUCCAGAGGCUGCGGCGCUGCACAAGUCUCGCGGUUGUGAGGCUCGAGUUGACAAACAAAAUGUAACACCAAACAACACAUGCGAUUUCCACAGAAAGCGAAGCCCCCAGAUCUGGUCCUUAGCACAGUGAGCGGACAAGUGAAGUCUCAGAAGGGAAGGUGGGUCCUAGCCCCCUUAACCUGCGGUGCAGCGCGUGCGCACGGGCGCGCGCGCGCGCGCACACACACACACACACACACACACACACACACACACACACACACACACACACACACACGCACGCUCUUCCCACUCCCUGCCACACUGCACCCGAGUCCCUCCGCAAGUCCUGAUUCAUGAACCGUGCCACCUUUGUCUCAUCUGAAACUGUGCAGACUAUUUUAAUCCUCCCGCCCCCACCGCAGCCUGGCCCCCUCCCUGCAGCCUCGGGCAGGCUCGGGCGGCAGGCGCGAGCGCUGGGUGCGAGCGCGCCUCUCGCAGCCGCUCCCGCCGGGGCCCGCGCCUCGCUCCCGGGAAGGGGUUUGCGCUCAGUAGAGCGCGGGCCCCGCCGCCGUCCGCUCCUCGUCCUCCUCCUCGUCCUCCUCCUCCUCGUCCUCGUCCUCCUCCUCCUGAUUCUCCUCCUCCAUCCUCCGGCCCGCGACCGCGCGGGCCAUGUGGCGCUGAACCAUGUCCUCCUCCUACGCCAAGAACGGGACGACAGACGGGCAGCGCUCGCCCCCGGCACAGGUGGCCCGAGGUACCACCACCCGGAGGAGCAGGUUGAAAAGAUCCGAUGGCAGCACCACUUCGACCAGCUUCAUCCUCAGACAGGGUUCCGCAGAUUCCUACACGAGCAGGCCAUCUGACUCCGAUGUCUCUUUGGAAGAGGAUCGGGAAGCUAUUCGGCAGGAGAGAGAGCAGCAGGCGGCUAUCCAGCUUGAGAGAGCAAAGUCCAAACCUGUCGCAUUUGCUGUGAAGACAAACGUGAGCUACUGUGGCGCCUUGGACGAGGAUGUGCCUGUUCCAAGCACGGCCAUCUCCUUCGAUGCCAAGGACUUCCUGCACAUUAAAGAGAAAUACAACAAUGACUGGUGGAUCGGAAGGCUGGUGAAAGAGGGCUGUGAAAUUGGCUUCAUCCCGAGUCCGCUCAGACUGGAGAACAUACGGAUUCAGCAGGAACAAAAACGAGGACGUUUUCAUGGAGGGAAAUCCAGUGGAAAUUCUUCUUCAAGUCUUGGAGAAAUGGUAUCAGGGACAUUUCGAGCCACACCCACAUCCACAGCAAAACAGAAGCAAAAGGUGACAGAACACAUCCCUCCUUAUGAUGUUGUGCCGUCCAUGCGUCCGGUGGUGUUAGUGGGGCCGUCGCUGAAAGGUUAUGAGGUAACAGACAUGAUGCAGAAAGCCCUCUUUGAUUUCCUGAAGCACAGGUUUGAUGGGAGGAUAUCGAUAACGAGAGUGACAGCUGACAUUUCUCUUGCUAAGCGGUCUGUCCUAAAUAACCCCAGCAAGAGAGCAAUAAUUGAGCGUUCGAACACUCGGUCCAGCUUAGCUGAAGUACAAAGUGAAAUCGAGAGAAUUUUUGAAUUGGCAAGAUCUUUGCAAUUGGUUGUCCUUGAUGCAGACACCAUCAACCACCCAGCACAACUUAUCAAGACUUCCUUAGCACCAAUCAUUGUUCAUGUCAAAGUCUCAUCUCCAAAGGUUUUACAACGAUUGAUUAAAUCAAGAGGAAAGUCCCAAAGCAAACACUUAAAUGUUCAAUUGGUGGCAGCUGAUAAACUUGCACAGUGCCCCCCGGAAAUGUUUGAUGUGAUAUUGGAUGAAAACCAGCUUGAAGAUGCAUGUGAACAUCUGGGCGAAUAUCUUGAGGCAUACUGGCGUGCCACGCAUACAACCAGUAGCACCCCCAUGACCCCAUUGCUUGGAAGGAAUUUGGGUUCAACAGCACUCUCUCCAUAUCCCACAGCAAUCUCUGGAUUACAGAGUCAGCGAAUGAGGCACAGCAACCACUCCACAGAGAACUCUCCAAUUGAACGACGAAGUCUAAUGACCUCUGAUGAAAAUUAUCACAACGAAAGGGCUCGGAAGAGUAGGAAUCGCUUGUCUUCCAGUUCCCAGCAUAGCCGGGAUCAUUAUCCUCUUGUGGAAGAAGAUUACCCUGAUUCGUACCAGGACUCUUACAAACCCCAUAGGAACCGAGGAUCACCUGGCGGCUAUAGCCAUGACUCCCGACAUAGGCUUUGAGUCUGCAGGAACAGCAAAAAUUCAUCUGUUGACAAUUGCCAUAGCACUGCUAGGAUAAACUAAUCAUCUUAAUUUGGCAAGCAUAGCACAGUACUUACUGUGCUAUGGGCUGCUUUGAUGCUAAGUAAGGGGCAAAAAUUAAGGAUUCAUUAUGCCCUUCAGACUAGAUGGAUAAUAGAUGCCCAAUCAUAUAGGUAUUUUUAAGUGCAACAUUUACAUAACAGUACCUUUUGUUUUCUUCAUUAGAUUUAGAAUACACAUCAAUUUGUAAUUUAGGGUACUUAUCAAGGCACAUAUAAAAUAAUUUCCCAUGCUGGAAAUUCCAAAUGACCAGUUCCAGUUGGAACCAAUUUAUAAACCAAUUCCUGUUGGAAUUUGGGUGAAUUGACUAGAAAGUCUACUUGAGCAUGUUGCAAUCAAUUUUAAAAAAUCUGAAAAAAAAACUAAUAAGAAAAGUCAAAAUACUAAUAAGAGCCAAAACCAGCUAUGGUAUUUAUUUGCUGGAAGUUAAAUUUACACUUACAGUUGGAAUGUAUAAUCAUUUUAGUAUAUGUUACUGUUGCCAGACUGGCUUUUCAAAGUUACCAAAUAUAUUGAUCAUGCCAAAAAAAAUUUCAAAUUAAUGUAGAAUUUAUCCUGUCUCCUCAGAUUUUAAUAUUUUUAUUUAUUUCUUGGCAUAGCUGUUGUAUUCAAAGUGUUUAUUUUUGUUUAGUCACUACUGUUAGCUUGUUUGAAGUUGGCAAAAAAUAAACUUAAAUUUUCUUUAGCACUGAGAAAGAAGAGGAAAGAGAAGUCCAAACAUUGCCGGUUAUGCUAAAUGGAAAAUGGGGUGUUGCUUCCCUUUAAACAACCUGAGCACAACUACAUGUAACCAGGAAUGUGAGGUCAGGCAGGAUGAGCACAGAGCCUCCAGAAUGAAAAGCUUACCCCCC